AUGAAGCCUUGGAGGACAAUCUUCCACCUAAACCACAAUAAGGGCAUGAUGACAUCCAGACCUAUCGAAAUCUAUAGUGGCUUCUAUCAGGGAGUCUUGCUCCUCUAAGCUCCCUUCUGAAUAAGAGGGGCUACGGGUACAACACCCCGCGUGGAAAGAUUGGCCACGUCUUCUACAUGGAUGAGCUGAAGACCUACGCGAAAGAUGACGAGAAGCAAACGGGCCUGCUGAGAACCAUCGAAUCUCUCAGUGGAGAUAUAGGCAUGUAGUUCGGAUUGGACAAUUGCGCCAAGGCCACCUUCAAGAGAGGGCGACUAGCCGAAUCCAGUAACAUCGAGCUCGACGUCAACACUGUCAUCCGGGACCUAGAACAGGAAGGUACCUAAAAGUACCUCGGACUCAGCGAGGGAGACCGAAUCCAGCACUCUCAGAUGAAAGACAAGAUCAGGAUUUAUAGAGUACUACCGCAGGAUCCGGAUGGUACUCAAGUAUGAGCUGGAAGCAAUCAACACCUUGGCAGUACUAUUUGGUAACUUACAGUUUUAACAUCAUAAACUGGACGUUUCAAGAGCUGACCAAACUUAAUACAAAGACUAGGAAGUUCCUGACUAUGUACAAGAUGCACAACCCCAAAUCUGACGUGGACAGGCUGUACCUGCCCCGAACCGAAGGAGGUAGAGGGCUCAUACACAUGGAGCUUUCCUACAAAACGAGCACUAUCGCUCUUGAGAAAUAUCCAGAAGACGCAGGACACCCUCCUCCACUUUGUCAAAAACCAUAACCACAGGAAAUCCUUGUACUCCAUCAGCAGACAGUCAGUGAAGUUCAGUCGGGAACUAGGAGUGCCUGCAAUACCACCCGCAGAGGAUGAGGCCAACACGCGUUUAAGUUUAACCUCAUAAGUUGUCUUGAUAAGGUUUCUUGGUUAUGGUCACUCAUAGUAUUUAUAGUAUUUUAGAUUAUAUAGUUUUAACAGUUUUUAAGUGCAUUAUGUAAAUAGUGAAUGAUUUUUGAAUAACAUCAUGUAAGUUGUUAGUUUUUAGGUAGUAUGACGGAUGUAGAGAUACCAUGUAGAAAUACUGUCAAAUAAUAAAUCGUUGUUAUUGUUAUUAUUAUUAUUAUUAUUAUUAUUAUUAUUGUCUCUAUUAUCACAGUCUUUGCUGGUGUUCUUUUGUGCAUCAGCCGGGCGCAAACCAUGCACCUAGAGCGUCAGUCACUCAAGUCAAUCAUUCUGUUCAUACACUGAGCACCUUUCUGAGGAUUCGUGCAGAUCCCAGCAUGCAGAUCUUUUGAAUCUCUGUCAUAGUAGCUCUCUCUGAUACUUUCUUGAUGUUUUCUACCAUACCCUUCUUCACUGUACCAAGCGCACCAACAACCACAGGGAUCACUACGGUUUUCAUAUGCCACAUUCUCUGUAUUUCUAGUUCUAGGUCUUUGUACUUGCAUUUUUUUUUCAGUUUCCUUCAGUGCGAUGUUUCUAUCUGAUGGAACAGUCAUAUCAAUAAGUUUGCAGGUGGAAUUCACUGAAUCUUUAACGAUGAUAUCUGGUCUGUUCGCUGUUAUAGUUCUAUCAGUAUUGACUGGCAUGUCCCACAUGAUGGUGAUGUUGUUAUCUUUAUUGUGUAUCACGGUCUCUGGUUCGUUAUUAUUAUUAUUAUUAUUAUUAUUAUUAUUAUUAUUAUUAUUAUUAUUAUUAUUAUUAUUAUGAGGCGAACAUCAAGACUGUCACCGAGAAGGGCAGUGUCACCGAGAAGGGCAGUGUCACCAUUCUUUGGGACUUACCCAUCCACACUGACAGCACCAUCGCAGGUAAUAGGUCGGACAUUGUGCUAAAAAACGAGAAGGACAAAACCUACCUUCUCAUUGACAUGACUAUACCCGUCGACACCAACACCUCAGUCAAAACCACGGAAAAGCUUAAGAAAUACUAA